CUUAAACCUUUCGCUCAUUGGAUGGCUGGCAAAAUAUCCCUCGAAAAAUCCAGUGGGACUAGAUGGUUGUUGGUAGAGCUGCUGCUUCUCUCUCGAGUCUGACAAACCAGACCUUACUUCAAUGGUUAAAGCUUAAAAGUUGCACUGAAGAUAUUUUCUCAUGGCUUUGAGCUUCGCCUGCAAUGCCUCUAUUUUACCUCAACAAGUGAAAGUGAACAGUAGGAGCACGAAAUAUCUUCAAAACGUCAGAAAUCUCGUAGAAACCAUUGGAAUUCCUUCGAUUUCGUCUUCUCCAGACGAAUCCCUCCGUAAAGGGAACUGGGUGAAGCUCAUCUGCGGAGCUAGCUUUGAGGAUGUCGUCGAUAUUAGAAAUCUUUCUCUCGUUUAUACUCUCGCUGGAGUUGAUUGCAUUGAUUGUGCGGCUGAUGCAUCGGUUGUGAGCGCGGUGAAUGAAGGGAUCGAAGCAGCAAGAGAGAUGUUGGGUUCCCUUCGAAGGCCAUGGGUAAUGAUCAGUGUUAACGACGAUGAAGAUCUCCACUUCCGGAAAGCUGAAUUUGAUCCUGAUGAUUGUCCGCUGGAUUGUUCAAGACCCUGUGAAAUGGUUUGCCCUGCUAAUGCCAUAUCAUUAGAGAGGAAGGCAUCGAGUGAAGAAGAAUUUACCCAUUUUAUUGGUGGACGUGGUAAAUUGCAGGUCGGAGUGAUAACAGAGCGCUGCUAUGGUUGUGGCAGAUGCUUUGGAGUUUGCCCCUUUGAUAAAAUAAGAGCUGUUACAUAUGUUAGAGAUGCUGCUGCCACAUCUCAACUUCUGAGGAGAAAUGAUGUGGACGCUGUAGAGAUCCAUACAAAUGGAAGGCAAACAGAUUCAUUUAAAGAUCUCUGGAAUAACUUGGAAGAUUCAAUUAGACAUGUGGAGCUAGUUGCAGUUAGCUUACCAGAUGUUGGUGAUUUGACUGUAUCUGUAAUGAAAACAAUACACUCAAUAAUGGAUCCUCAUCUACAUUGCUACAAUUUAUGGCAGUUGGAUGGACGCCCCAUGAGUGGAGACAUUGGUCGAGGAGCAACAAGGGAAGCAAUUGCAUUUGCUGUUCGUUUGGCUGCAGUAAGAGACAGACCUCAUGGUUUUCUUCAAAUAGCUGGUGGCACCAAUUCUCAUACUGUUAGUGGUUUGAAGAAAGCAGGUCUUUUUCAAACAACAUCCAUAUCUGGGAAUUGGAGGGGAGAGAUGUUUACGGUCAAUUCACAACAGGCUUUAAUUGGUGGGGUAGCUUAUGGUGGUUACGCACGAAAGAUAGUUGGAAGGGUUCUAGCUGAGAUGCAGUCUCAUCAUGGCCUUGCUCACAUUGAGGAUUAUCCCAAUUAUGUUUUCAAGGCCCUUAAAGAAGCUCUUCUCUUGGUAGGAACUGUCAAAUGCUACAAUCUACCUUCUCAUCUGUUGUAGCCAGCAGCCAUCCCCAGCCAGAAGUAGUGCUCCUCAUUGUCAUUGCCAGGUCGUGUUUGAUUUGCACUCAGUGCCCAAUACGUUCACAAAAGUUCUGGCUGGAAAGAUGUCUUCCAUUUCAUUCAUUCAUUAGGUUAACGAUACUAAAAUUAUAGGAUCCAUUAGUGUACUGAUAUCUUAUUUUACAAUGCUAAUACAUUUUAUUUUUACUGUAAAGUAUGUUUGCCUUGGUACUUCAAAAGUGCAAAGUCCAAACAUUGAGGAGGGUGUUCGGGGUCCAUGUUGAUUCCUCUUAUGAGAUUUUUCAAAAAUCACUGAGUUGAAAUUGCCUGUUUAGUACCA